AUGGGUGGCACUUGGACUCCCGAAUCUCCGCCUUGUUCUGUGCCGGUGGAAUCGAAGGAGAUGAGGGUUGUUUUGCACUUCCACGGUGGAGCCUACAUCUUAGGAAACGGUCGAGACGGCGACACCGGCUUUCUAGCCCAGAAUUAUAUCAAGCAUGGGCGAUUUACACACGUUUUCACCCCUCAGUAUCGACUGGCAACAGGCCCCCACGGGCGAUUUCCCGCUGCUCUCCAAGACUCCUUAUCUGCAUAUUUACAUCUCGUGAAUACUCUCAAGAUUUCACCACAACAAAUUGUUGUUGGAGGCGAUUCGGCUGGAGGAAACAUCGUCAUGGCCCUGUUGCGGUACAUUUUCCACCAUGGUGAAGAACUGGCUAUCCCAUGGCCUGCUGCCGUCUUGCUUUGGUCCCCUUGGACUUCCAUAGCUACAUCAACAGAUGCCAGUGCCAUGCGAGCGUCUCCAAAUUAUGCGACCGACUACAUCCCCGAGAACUUUCCCUUGUGGGGGGUUCAUGGACUGACCGGCGGCGGCAGAAUCUCGCCGGACGACCCAUACUUAUCCCCCGGGGACGGACAUGGCUUCAAGAGCCCAGCUCCAAUAUGGGUCAACACUGGAAGGCUAGAAGCUCUGCAUUCCGCCAACGGUGACUUCGUUGAGACGUUUAAGAAAGCCGGGACCGAAAUAGAAUGGGAUGUGGAUGAAAACUGCCCACAUGAUAUCGGGCUCAUGGGCCGGAGGUUCAAGUUCGCCACGAGCUGGAAGUGGAUGCGGAUGAAGGCCGUCGUUGGCGGAGUUGAUCUUAGGGAUGGAGGGAUUGAAGACGACUUUGAGGCUUGUUUUGACGUAAAUCUGAAGACAACCAUAUCCGCGUCUUACAGUGAGGUUUCCGAGAACAGGUCGAUCGGCUCACGGUACAUGAGCGGCUACAUCCUUGCCGGUCCGUCUUGGUACCUCGCAAGCGCACAUCUCGACCCGCAAUUGGCCGUCAACCUCAUCUCUCGCAAGUACGCGAAGCAUCUAAAGCUGGACUUCGAGGAGAUGAGGAAUACCACUCCGGUAGCGAGCGGUGGUGAGCCGCAGGUCGAGGGUUCUGAGCCGACCUCCGAUGUCCGGCCACCAAUGUCAAAGCAAACCCACACCGUCCGCAAAGCGACACUAUCCGACGCACCGGAAAUAGCGUCCUUGGGCGCAGAAGUCUUCCGCAAAACCUUUGGCCACUCGGCCCCCGAAGCCGAUGUACAAAAUUACAUCGAUGAGAAUUACUCCGUCGAAGGCGUCACCGCGCACCUACAACACUCCUCUCGGGAAACCCUCGUAGCUGUCGACGCGGAGGGCAGAGUCAAAGGCUACGCGACGCUGACGAAGGGCACGAGCGAACCUUGCGUCGACGAUGUGCCGGACAAGGCUGAGCUGCAGAGGCUCUAUGUUGAUGCUUCGGCACUAGGGAUGGGGAUCGGCGGGUUGCUUGAGAGGGCAGUGGAGGAUUUGGCGAGGGAGGGCGGGUUUAGGCAUUUGUGGUUGGGGGUUUGGGAGGAGAAUCAUGUUGCAAAGAGGGCGUAUGAGAAGUGGGGAUAUAAGAGGGUGGGAGAGCAUACGUUUUAUCUGGGGAGCGAUGCGCAGACGGAUUAUGUCAUGUUGAAGGCAUUAUAG